CUCAAUUCAGUUCAGUUCAGUUCAGCUGAGUUCAGUCAAAGAGAACAGACCCUAAGUUCUCAUUCAAUCCAAAUCCUCCCUAUAGGCUAAUUGCAUCCACAUCACACAAGCCCAAAAAAAAUAAAAAAUAAAAUAAAAUAAAUAAAAAUAAAAAUAAAAAUAAAAAUAAUUUUUUUUAUUAAAAUAAAAUUAUAGAAAUAAGAAAAAGAAAAGUGGCCCUUCCAUCUUCCCAAAUCCCACACCCAUCACAUUCUCAUCUUAGAAAUCUGUACUACACUCUCUCUACCUUAUCUCCCUCCUUCCUUCCCUCCCUAUUUCUCUCUCCUCUCAACCCAAACCAACUCACCGGUAUUAAUGGAGGGCAACCAAUCACAACCACCGCCACCAUCACAACCACCACCGGCAUCAACCACCGGUUACCCCCCACCACCACCGCCGCCGCAAGCCGGCCCUUACCACCACCUCCUCCAACAACAGCAACAACAACUUCAAAUGUUCUGGUCCUACCAACGCCAAGAAAUCGAAACUGCCAACGAUUUCAAGAACCAUUCACUCCCAUUAGCCCGCAUUAAGAAAAUAAUGAAAGCCGACGAAGACGUCCGCAUGAUCUCCGCCGAAGCACCAAUUCUGUUUGCGAAAGCCUGCGAGUUGUUCAUUCUUGAGCUCACUAUUCGCUCAUGGCUCCACGCUGAGGAAAACAAGCGCAGGACGCUUCAGAAGAACGAUAUAGCCGCAGCAAUUACUCGUACCGAUAUAUUCGAUUUCUUGGUUGAUAUUGUUCCUAGAGAUGAGAUCAAGGAUGAGGCUGCUGGGUUAGGAAUGGUUGGUGGAAUCGUGGGGCCUACUGGGGUGUCACCGCCUCCUGGGGUUGGUGUUCCGACUGCGAGUGGGGUUUCGUAUUAUUAUCCGCCAAUGGGACAGCCGGCGCCUCCUGGGGUUAUGAUUGGGAGGCCGGCUAUGGACCCUGCCGGGUUGUAUGGGGUUUCGGGUCCGUCACCGCCGUCUUCGGCGUGGCAGAGUGUGUGGCAGAGUGGGCAUGCGGCCGGUAACGAUGGGUCUUAUGGAAGUGCUGCUAGUGGUGGGGGAAUAAUGGCCAGGGUAGCCUCGAUGGCCAGAGCUAAUUAAUUCAUUCGCCGAUAUGUCCACCAGUGCGUUGUAGGGUGAUGAGGCGUGCAGAUCUCCGACAGAUUUUGGCAUGCUUAUGAACUCCUAGAGCACACUCUGGUAUUAUUAAUUUGCAUAUAAUUGCUAAUGUAAUGACUUCAGAACUGCUAGAACACAUUUAAUCUUGUUCAGUGGCAGUCAAAACUCGAAAUGAUGCAAGAAUUAUGGACUCUUUACCUUAUAUUUGCAGUGCUUUUUUUAGCAUCAUGGCAUUGCUAUUUAUGUGAGCUAGGGUGUAUAAGUUGUUGAGACAAAAUCAAAUGUCCAAACAAAUCAAAGAAAAUCGAUGAUUCGGGUUUCAUUUGGAUCCAAGAAGUGCUGGAAAAGUUGGAUUUUCGAUUUCGAUUUGGAUUUGUUUGUAAAGUGUUUUGAUCUUAAAAACUUUAUUGAUACUAAGUACCUUGGCAUGAAAAUUUAGUUGAUGUAAACAAAUUGCUUUCUUGUAAAAUCCUGAGUCACUCCUGUUUCCUUAUUUUUGAACCUGGGUUAUGUUCUAUUAUAAAAACUACUGACUACUCCGUAA